GUUGAUCAAUAUCAGCGCGUGUAUAAACGGGGUACUAGGUCAUGAAGAAGGAAGUAAGAAUGGAGAUAUUGUGAUUGUGCAAUACAUUUUUACGAAGUUUAAACUAGAUUUUUAAUUGUUAUUUGACUGUAUAGAGAACAAUUUAUCAGGAAUAUACACUACCUCUUUCAACAUUUUAACGCAAAACUACACGCGUACUCCGCAUAAUUCAAGAUCUAAACAGAUUUAGUAUUCAAACAUAUAUCAAGGACAUUCAAAAUGGCUACCGGUGGUGAAUUAUCUAGAACAUUAGAGGGAGGGCAUGAAACUUUUUAUGACUUCCCGUGUUCGUUAUGCGAAACAGAUGAAAGACACGUUGAAGCUGUCAGAUAUUGCGAAGAAUGCUUCGUUUACUUGUGUGAACCUUGUGUCAGGAACCACAACAAAUUUCCGCUAAACACGAGACACCAGUUGUUGGAUCAAAGUCAGUUCGUGAAAGUGGCCAAGUCGAAACUUGUUUCAUUUCCGACGAAGCGAUGUUUGAAACAUACUGGUGAACUAAUCACUAUUUAUUGCGGAGAUCAUGAUGUCGUCUGCUGUGGUUCGUGCAGGGCUCUCGACCACAACAACUGUGCUAAAACUAGGCAUUUGAUAGACGCGGCUAAAGGUAUAAAGAAAAGCGAAGAGUACCAAACUAUCAAACAAGAAACACGUGCCCUCCUGAACAAUGCCGUCAGAGUUCUUGCAGAUCGUACAGCUGAUAUGUCUCGUAUUAAAACAGAAAAACAAGAUGUCAAGCAAAUUAUUGCUGAUAUUAGAAAGAAAGUAAAUAAAUACUUUGAUGACCUGGAGCAAAGAAGUCUCGAUGCUUUGAAUGAUAAAUCGGAAGUUAUCGUAAAUAGUUGCAGAAAAGACAAAAAAGAUCUUGCUGUCAUGAAAUCAAAAGCUGAGGAUAUGUUGAAGCAGCUGGAAUCAUUCAAGGGAGAUAAUGAGUGCGAUCUCUUUGUACAAGUCAAAACGGGCAAAAAGUUCUUAGGUACUGCUACGCAGGAAGUUCUUGAUAUAUCAAAGACUGUAAAAAGAGAAGCUAUUAACUUUAGAGUAGACCCGAAAAUCGACCGAAACCUUAGUUCAAUUAAAGCGUUGGGCACCUUUACAGAUAUCCCUAGGAACGCAAGUCAACUUUCAUCAGCAGCCAUAGACACGCAUGUGAGCCAGCCACGUGUAUCUACGUCAUCCUCACAGACGUCUCCAGAUAAUCAUUAUCCGCAUCAUAUGUAUGAAACUCAAAUACAUAGGAAUGUCAGUAUAGUGGAAAAGCAAGACACUGCAUAUUGUGAAAUAUUAGACAUAUGUCAGUUGCCAGACGGCAAAUAUAUUAUUACUGACUGCACCAACACAAAACUGAAGAGGCUAGACCAUUCCUAUAAACAUGUCGAUUCUUUACGGCUGGCUGAUAAACCACAAAACAUUUGUAACGCUGGUUCUCAUGAGAUCGCUUUGUCUUUGUGUGAAGUGAAGAAAGUGCAGUUUAUAUCUGUAGAAAAGGAACUGAGAUUGACGAGGUCAUUUUGUACAGGUAAUUACUGUAGAGGAAUGGUUUAUGUUGAUGACAAAUUGUAUGUCUGUUGUGGUAGUAGACGUGAUUCACUGUCCGGUUCUGUAGAAAUUUAUAACAGCCUUGGUCAGCUACGUCAUUCCAUAGAUAGAUUAUCUUCGAUUCCAGAACGCAUCACGAUCACAGAUGAUGGUCAGCAUCUUCUUGUUACCAGCUUUCGCAGUGAUAACAUUACUAUGAUGGAUCUGACUGGUAAAGUUGUCAACACGUACAGCAACAGGGAAUUAAAAAAAUGUAGAGGCAUAUGUACAGAUGGUCAAGGUCAAGUGUUUGUCUGUGGUAAGAAAAGUAACACAGUUGUUCAAUUGGAACCUAGACAACAGAAGAUAGACGUGAUCCUUGGAGAGAAAGAUGGUGUCAAAAAGCCUAUAGCUAUUUUCUAUGACAGAAAGCAUUCGAGAGUAUUGGUCUCUUGUUAUAAAUCAAAUCAAUUGCUAGUAUACAAUUUGAAAUAGGGCGUAACAGUCAGAAGAAAGCCUCUGACAAAAUCUUUUCAAGGCGAUAGCAUUUGUCGAUGUAUAUUAUUAUCAUCAUGUAUAACAAUAAUUGCUUCUGUAUAUUGAAAACAAAAACGUUACAUGUAUAUUAAAUUUUUCUAUUAACGUGAAGUAUUGCCACGAAAUUUUGAUUUUAUAUGGUAGUAAAUAGAACUGAAUAUAUCCUGUUUUACUUUAAAUUUAUUUAAAUAUGUCAAUACACACAUAGAAAUACUCGAGUGGCAUGUCGUAUAAUGUGUGGUUUUAUGGAAACGGAACAUUAAGAAAUAUACAGUGUAACGAUUCAGUACAAACUCGGUUUCUUGUAAAAAUUUGUAUCGAAAUCCUGGUUAUCUCGAAAACAAGUUUUUUUUCUUAGUGUUUUUGUCUCCGUUUUAAUAAAAUUUGACAGAGUGAGACUCCGGUCACUUACAUAUUACCUUUCGGUAUGUCCAUUUCGUAAAAAUAUUAAUUGAUUUUUACAUAGAAUCUUUUUUGGAAAACAAGAUAUGAUUAACGAGGCGAAACAACGAAGUCGAACAUUCAGCAGUUAGUUUCCCAACAAUGUAAUCUGCAUUAUCUCGAUGAUGGGUUUUACAUUUACGGAAGGUUAAUACAUUUCCACUUUUAUUAGUUGCUACAAGAGUAGGUUACGGACAGCUAUCCAUAAUACCGUUUAGAAGUUUACACAUCCACACCAAAAAGUAAAUGUCUGUCGAUAGUAAAAACGUCAUACGGUUAAAAAUUCAACAUAAGUUUGUUUAAUUAGCUGUUGCGAAGCGGUAAAGCAUAUAAAGUUUAACCUUUUCAUACUUUCAUACUGAACGAUUUCAUGUUUUAAGUUGUGGAAUGUGAAAUCACGACGACAUUAUAUAUUUUUCAUAGUAUAACGUCCAUAGAGAUAUCUGUAUGUAAUUUACUAUGUUAUGUUAUACAAUAGAAGCUCUCGGUUAAUAAAUGGGAGAGCGAUGCCUUUGAGUCAUAAUACUAUCUAUGGAAAAAGAGAAGUGAAGUCAACAUUUGUUGAAGCAUGUGAUAGACAAUCUUAAAUAUGAGGAAUCUUAUAUUUAAAAGAUUACAUUUUUUCAAUAAGUUUUAUCUUUUAUCAAAUGUUGAUACUGGUCUAUUUUGUAUUGACAUGUAUCAUGUAACUUGCAAUUUGUGGCUGUGUUUUGACAGCGCAUUUUAGUACAAAGACAGUAUUGUUCAUAUAAUGUUAGACACUUAACUUUGUAUUGAUAAGACAAUAUCUCCUUUCAAAUCAUUUAGUAUUCAAUUAUAGAAAGGGUUAAAAAAAUCUUUUAACUUCUAGCAGAUAUAAUCAAUUUGUUUCGUCUGAACAGGUGUUGUAUUCAAGCGGUCUUAACAUACAAUUAAGCCUUGUGACCCAUACAUUUUUGGCCGUUUUUAUGUUCAUAAUUCAAUUAUCUAUACACAAGGAAAACAGAAAAAAAUUCUAUGAAAAAUUUGUUUUUUUCAAAUUAAAAAAUAUAUUCUUUACUUUGAGUAUUUUGCAUUGAAAAAAGUUCACAAAUGUGAAUAUAAAACAAAAUUUUCUUUUUCAUUUGAACCCAUCAUUGUAAUGCUAUUUUAUUACAAAUAUUACUAUAAUAUGAAAUAAUUAUAAAAACCUUAUUGUGCUGUCUUGAUUCAUGUUUUUGAUGGUAUUUAUAAAAAAGCAGUAAAUUAUGAAAAUGUUGAAAAAUCGCUAGCAGUUUCAGCAACAGUGGGUAUGUUCAAAGCUUGGUGACCCAUUUUUUAUUUAUUACUUUUUUACCUAUAAUAUAGUAAGAACAGUUUA